UGUGUUCGGUGACCAACCAAUUUUCUGUGAAUCAAGUUUGGGGAAAAUACUAAAAAAUGCUAUAAUCAAGUAAUACAAGCCAAAUACUUUUCCCUUGACAACACUGCUAAUAUUUCUUAUAAGGAAUAAACUAACAGUAAGAAAUUUAAAUUAUUUGUGUUAACGUUUUGAAACUGUUGAGAAUGUAUUCACUGUGUUCUAUACUCGGUCAUUGUAUAAGAUAUUUUACACAUUAUAGGUGGCUACGUCUGGGCGUGUGGUGGAACUCAAGGGGAGAAACUGUGUGUGUUGUUACAAAUAAAGGAUGAAUACAAAAAUUAUGGUUUCCAGGUCAGUUUAAACAUUAAAAAUCUUGAAGAGGGGCCAAUCGCCAACACACCCCCAUCAAAACAAAGGCAUUUUUUUUCCAUUUUUUAAAAUUAAUAAACAUGAAUCCUCCAGAGAUCUAAGAAUGUUUUUUUUUUUUUAAUGUGUUUUUAUUCAAGCAAAACUCAAUCAGCCAAUGUAUCAUGUGCACCGUGUGCUAGCGUUCAUAUUUGUUGCUACCCGCACCCACUGAGAUCAAACCAUUGCACGUCAUUGCCAAAAUGUUGAACUACGACCAUCCUGAGAAGUCAUUAAUUAUUAAAUGGUGCUUUUGGGAGUGGAUAAGAUUAUUAUGUUUGAAAAUUGAACACAUGUUUUCUACAUUUGUUUGUUUAGUAUUUAGUAAUCUAAAGGAAGAGACUUAUAAAUCACGAUUAACAUCCAAUCCCACAUCGUUUGGGGUACAGGCAAUAAUUUUAUGAUUUUUUUUCAGUUUUCCAAUAGAUGUUCGUCAUGGCUUUUUCGGAUAUUUGAAUAGAUUUAGACUACUACAAUGAUUAACUAAAUGCUAUAAAACUCAGAUUAUUGGUUGUUCAGUUUGACUCUAGGUGCUGAAUGUUGACCUCCACUUGCUGUCAUUAGUCUGACUGUGCUUGAAGAGAAUGGUGGCUGCUAAGGAGCUCACGAUUGAGUCAGAGAAGGUGGAACUCAAGAGAGAGUUGGGGUUGGUCGGAGCCUCUUCUGUGGUCAUUGGAACAAUUAUAGGUAGCCUUUGGGAAGACACCAACGUUAGACAUUUCUGAGACUAGUAUUUAAAAUUGUAAAUUUAAGAAUAUAAACAAUGGAGCUGUAACAUUGGUGAGAAUGUGAAUCUCUCAUAGGAGAUUCUGGUCAUUUAAAAAGCCUAUAAUAUAGGGAAUGUUAGAUGUCAAUAUUUCUUAAACAGCGAAUUAAAUAUGUAACAUUCAUUCCAAAAAAAAAUAAUAAUAUUGAUAGUUUAUUUGUUUAGUUCUUUUUUUUCUUUUUUUUGCUUGUUUGUUGUUGUUUCGGUUUUUGUCGCAUUAUAUUGAUAAUCCAUGUUAAAAUUUACCUUGUCACGAAUAUGACUGUCACCUUCUCAACAGGCUCCGGUAUAUUUAUCUCCCCUAAGGGCGUGCUAGAGAACACGGGAUCUGUGGCACUCAGUCUUAUUGUUUGGUUUAUAUCAGGAGUUAUCGCACUUGGAGGUAAGAUUCAAUGUGGAUUUAUAUCGAAAAAUGUAAAUAAAGAAUUGUUUAUUAGUAAUAAGUAAUAAGAAACAAAAGAAAACAACAACAAAAAAAAAACCACCUGUUUAAAUAAUUAAAUCCAGGGCUCGAGGUCUGCACGAACGCAUGGGAACGGCGUUCCUGUAUCUUUUUCCACACCAUUGAAUUUGCUACGAAAUUAAUAUUAAAAAAUAAUUAUUUUUCGGGGGGGGGGGGGGUGUUUUCUGCGAGUGCCCACAAUUUAUUUCUUAGGACGACCCCUUUGAUUAAAUCAAUAAAAGUUCCUGUAUCUUUUUCCACACCAUUGAAUUUGCUACGAAAUUAAUAUUAAAAAAUAAUUAUUUUUCGGGGGGGGGGGGUUGUCUUCUGCGAGUGCCCACAAUUUAUUUCUUAGGACGACCCCUUUGAUUAAAUCAAUAAAUAACUCUUUUCAUCGGACUUUUAACAUGUAACAUGAGGUCCUAACAUUAACAAGGACUUAUAUGUAUCUAGAAAUUUGACUCAUAUACAGACAAUCGUAUUAUUUAUGCCCCCCUCCCCCGGGCCUCACACCUUAUUGUUAUUUUCACAUUUGGUCUAUGUUUCACUAAUUAUUUUCUCAGGUGCCAUGUGUUAUGCUGAACUAGCGACAACCAUUCGUAAAUCAGGGGGCGCUUACACCUAUAUCCAGAUGGGUUUGGGCAAUUUCAUGGCAUUCGUGUACGCCAUUCAGGUAUUCUCUCAUUAGUGUACGCCAUUCAGGUAUCCUCUCAUUCGUGUACGUCAUUCAGGUAUUCUCUCAUUCUUGUACAAUAAUGCUAUUGUCUUAUUAUUGUAAUUUUAUUUGUCGUGCAUUUGUCAUCUCUAAUUUUAUUUCCUUCAGGUAUUGUUUUAUUCUUUUAUAAGUUCUUAACCCACUGUCUCUUGUGUAUUGAUUUACGAACAGAGAUUUGGACAUACUUGGAACGUGUCAUAGACAAAGUGAUGUUUUAUUAGUUAUCAAUUAACAGUUCAAUCACGGUAUUGUAUAGAUAAAGAAGCCAAUACUAAUUUAACUCACCUACAUUUUUUAUACCAGAGCUUAAGGAAACAGAUAAUGUCAUACAUCAGAGAGUGUCAACUGUUUGUGUUCGCCAGAUGCUAACAAAUUUGUUGCACUGUUAUUUCAGACGAUUUUUAUCGUCAUUCCCGGUGUGGUCAUCAUCACCUUGUUGACCUUCGCCAAGUACCUCGUCUCCAUGCUACCUUUGUGUGGCUCACCUGCUUACCUGGAGAAGUUCAUUGUUGCCUUGGUUACAGGUCAGUUUUAAAUAGUCCACACAAAAAAAUCUAAACAUGACAAGCUUUCGCCUUUAAAAUUGGUUAAAAAUUUUGUGUACGUUGCUUAAAAGAGAGGGUUACACAAAGAGAGGGAGAAUCGGGGACAGUAGCGAUGGGAUUGGAACCCUCUUUGAGAAGUUCUGUUCGGAAUCGGUCGUCAGAAUGGUUCGGUUUGGAUUCCGUUUGAUUGACAUCUAUAGUAGACAUAUAUUUAUAUAUUUAGAGUAUCUUCGGUUAGUGGGGGNGGGGGGGGGCGAAGUGAGAGAGAGGGGGAUUCAUAAAAAUUCAUUGAUUCCUUGAAAUAAGUUUCUCAUUAUUUGAAAUGAUAACUUGAUGUAUUUUACUUAUUUUAAGCUGAUUUUCUUCACCCCCAACCCCACCCCCCCCCCCCAAAAAAAAAUCUACCCAGUGAGUAUCAUUAUAGUCAACUGCUACAGCACGCGGCUGACGGCCAGGUUCACCAUCCUGACGACUUUUGGCAAGUUAUCUGCUCUUGUAGCCAUCAUUAUCGGAGGAAUUAUCGCCCUUUCCCAAGGGACGACCAGUGAGCUGGGCACAGGGUUUGAGGGGACCUCCAACGAUCCUUCGUCCUUGGCCUUGGCUCUCUACAGCGCGUGGUGGGCCACCAGUGGGGGGUGAGUUUGGUUGCUUCUUUGUUUUCUUAAACUUUGAAACAUGAAAAAUUGAUGGGAAGUUUUUAAGCCGUUGAUAUUUUUAAACCAAUGAAAAAAACAAUACCUUAAAUUGUAUUUAUGAAUAGCCAUCAGCAACUUUAUUUAGCAGAAGUCGUUUCCAAAUUGACCCCGGGUUUUAAACAUGUUUUUCUUUCUUUCUUUCUGUAUUGUUUUAUAUUAUUUGUUUUUUUCACAAAUAACACUUUAAUUAAUAAUGUUUUCCAAAUCACACAGUGAGAAUCUAGCGAUAUUAGUCGAAGAAGUCAAAAACCCCAAAAAGUAAGUACGGAAACUGAUUUUGGUCAUUAAAACAAAAAUUAACCUGUGAAAAAAAUAAUAAUAAUAAAAUAUAAAAAAAUAGCAUUUUAAAGUGAUUGUAUGAUUGUGUAUCAGCUUAUAUAACACAAGUAAUUGAUUCUUUUUUCCAUCAUAAGGUGUCCUCCAUUAUCAAAAAAAAAAAAGAUAAAUGCGCCACGGUACAAAAGCUUCAUUGUGAAUGUUGACAGCAUUUUAACAUUCUCAAAAUUACUGUAUGUUCUUAAAUAACAGUAUAUGUGCAUUUAGAAGGAGCAAAAAAAAAAACGUAAGUUCCAAUGUUUUUCUUUCCUUUCAGGACCAUUCCCAGGUCUUUCAUUCUUGGACUGGUCAUCGUCAUUAUAGUCUACCUCCUGGCCAACAUCUCCUACCUGGCCGUCUUGAGCAGGGCGGAGAUGCUUAGUUCUGAAGCUGUCGCUGUUGUGAGUGAUAGCUCACGAUAGAAAAGCUGCUACGGUUUUGUCAGGAGAUGCUUUAAAUUAACGAUUAGUCCAAGGGUACACCUCGUCAGUAAACUGUAACCUUUCUUUCUAUACUGAUAUCACUGUUACUGUUGUUAUAAGUUGUUAUGACCAGAGCGGACACCUCGAUGAAUAUCAAUUAGGGGGUUAACCAAUAUUCCCUGUAAGGUUUGCUGGUUCGUAUGCAAAAUCAUACAAUUGUGAGGAAAGUUUUACAGCAUCGAUUUUUUUUGUGCAAAAUUUUACAGCCCACAAAUACAAACACACACUUGCAUGGAAAUUUGCUGCGCAUAUACUCAAAACUAAUGCGCGACGUCUGUGAGAUAGAUGCGUGGCUGCGCAGCCGCGCAGCUUAAAGGGAACAUUGGGGUUAACUACUAACUAUUUCUUACAACAGUUAUAAUACGAAAUCCAAGAAUUCACAUAUCACUCAUUUAUUUAAAUAUUGAUUGAUUGGAUAUAUAUAUAUAUGUAUAUAUAGUGCUGGUAUCCAUGCUACUUUAGCAUGCUCACUGCAUGUAUCACUACACAGUUUUAGGUUCACAUCUGAUGAAUAAUAGAAUGAUGAUUAAAUACAGCUCAAUCGUAAUACAUUCAUUUCUUUUACAAAAUCAAAUGAGACCAAAUCUUGACAACUGCUUCUUCUUUCAAUAAAAUAGGGCUGCUCUUGUAAUUCCUCCAAAUCUCUUUUUAUAUCUAUGUAUCGCUACUCUGACACGAAAUAGUUCUUUUCACUCAACUGUACCUUUACCUAGCCUUUUAAACACUAUACUUGACAGCUCAGUUGCUGAAUUAAGCUCAAUAUUUAAAUGUAUUUUAUAUUUAAUCACGCAGACAUUUGCGGAUAAAGCUCUGGGUAAACUCGCCAUCAUCAUCCCAGUGGCCGUCAUGGUGUCCACGGUUGGGGCUGUCAAUAACACGGUGUUCAGUGGAAGUAGGUCAGUAAACGUAUGCGGUGUUCAGUGGAAGUAGGCCAUUAAGAGUAUGUCUCAACAGACAAGUGUGUCUACGUCUGAACACCAAGCGGCGGUGACACGAGCUUGUUUCAGACCGUUUGAGUCUUCUGGUUGUGGGGCUGAAAACGGAAGUGAAAUAUUUUCCAAGAAAAUCUUACAAGAGGGUUAACCUUCCAGUAAUAAACCAGAGCACAAGUCUUUUCAUGCCUGUAAAUAGUUAGGAAUUUUUUUUUAAAAAUCAAUUGUUGAUAAAUUCUUUCAGAAAUAUUGAACAUCAACAAAAAAAAUAAUUAAAAAUACUUUAAUUCUUUACCAGGGUCACGUAUUCGGCGGCAAGGGACGGGAUCUUGCCAGAUUUCCUCAACUACAUCCAAAUACGCCAAUACACACCAUUGGGGGCUAUGAUAUUAACGGUAAACAUUUAAAAUCGACAAUGUUGCGAUGAUACUUUAUCAUUGAACCAAAAAAAAUUUAACGUGGAUUAAAAUGUUAAAAUUUUACAUCCAAAUCAAACGAAAAAUAAAAAAUACUUUGUUUAAAAAGGGGAAUGUUAAUUUGAUCCACGUACAGUGAAUAUAUAUUAGACCUAUGUGACCGAGGCAAAAACGAUGUGUGUAAAUAAAAUAGUUUAAGUUAAGUUUUAGUUAUGGCUACAUAUAAUACGCAUUCAAAAGUUUUGGGGCCUUCAGUAGUGCAGCAACAACAACAAAAACCAUUCAUUAAGUAAACAUUAAUAUAUAAAAAGGGAAAGAAUAAAUGGGCACAAGUCCCUAACAAAAACAAAGCUCAGAUGAGCGACAACAAAAUGAAAUCUGAGUCAGUUAGCACAGAAAGAGCGACAUGUACUACCAAAAUUAUUAUCUUUAAAGGGGAAAGAAGUCAAUUAACUCCUUAUUCCCACGUAAAACAUUAGUGUGUCCCUUCUGUUAAAAUUUCUCAAAUUUUUGGAAUUAAUUCCAUUCUUAAAUUUCUAACAAUGUCCGUUGGUAAAAACCAAUGUUUCUUUCCUGGCAGGUUGUCAUGUCCGUGAUUCUGUUGGCCCCAGCAGACGUGGAAACCGUCAUCAAUUACCUCGGUUUUCUCGAAGCCUUCUUCAGCGUCUGUGUUUAUAUUGCAUUCUUCCGCUUUCGAUUUCAGACGAUGAAGGACGUUGAACGGACGAUAAAGGUGACAUGCAAUCAUAUUAGCUCAGCUAAGAUGGUAGGGGGUUGUGUGUCAUAUUUCACACGUCAUUACAAUAUAUUGCCGUUAUAAUUGUUUUAUUUUUUUUUUGCUAUAAGCUUGAAGUGCUACGCUGUUUUUGAACAAGUUUUACCCUUCCCUACCCCGGGUUUUACCCUUCCCUACCCCGGGUUUUACCCUUCCCUACCCCGGGUUUUACCCUUCCCUACCCCGGGUUUUACCCUUCCCUACCCCUGUCAUAAUCUGUCUUUGAUAUCAGGACACCCCGCACUUUUUUUUUUAAUUACGUCAUGCUUUCGAAAUAAACAAUUGAUAAAAAAUGAACAACUAAUUAAACCUUAAUAUAAAACACAUUUACCAGUACUGUCAAACUAUUAAAUUUAUGAAAGUGAAACCUUCUGUCAGAAUAGAUCUAUCACAACAGAAAGUUAAAUAUCAUUGUCAUUUUGAAGCUUUAUAUUAUGUAUGUUAAAAAAAUGUAUUAUAUAAACUGUGUGACGUCACACAGAAUCUUUACCCCUCCCCACUCCCCCCUUGUCCAAAGCCGUCAAACUUUCUUAGACCCCCUUCCUCUCCUGAGCAAGACAUCCCUUUAUGUAAGGCCCCUUAAUAACAAUUAAUAUAUAUCUCGUUAAGACGUUUCAUUUUUUUAUAGGAAAUUUAAUUAAUAAUGAUCAGUGCUUUUUUUUUUUCAUUUCAUACAGAUGUAUUUUAUAUAGUUUAAACAUUUAUGAAAAUAAUUUUCGAAAACGUAGAUAUAACUGUGACAUUACGUGCAUCUCGUGUGUAAAGAAUUUUAAGUUAAUUCAGUUAGGGAAUUUAGAAGGGGACAAAAUAGCAUGUUCUGAAAAUGCCACGUUAUUCAAAAGGUUGUCUCCCUUGAUAAACAUUUUUUAACUACCGGUACUGUUGCGUGUGUUCAUUAAUCCACUGAAAAUAUGAUAAUAUCUCUUAACAUUUUUAUGCUGUUAAGCUAUUCCCUACCUACCUUAAGCUUCUUUAUUCUUUUUUUUUUUAAUUAUUUUAGGAGAAGGAAAUAUUAGAGUAGGGGCCCUUUAUAGUAGGUUUUUCCUAGUCACCUUUUCCUGCCUCCACAAUAUCAGUUUACCAACAAAAAUAUCAGUUUACCAACAAAAAUAUCAGUUUACUAACGAAAAUAUCAGUUUACUCCAACAAUAGUUUAAAUCAACAAUAUCAGUUUACUCCCACCACAAUACCAGUUUACUCCCACCACAAUACCAGUUUACCCCCACCACAAUACCAGUUUACUCCCACCACAAUACCUGUUUACUCCCACCACAAUACCUGUUUACUCCCACCACAAUACCAGUUUACUUCAACAGUACCAGUUUAAUUCAACAAUAUCUGUUUGCUCCCAAAAUAUUAGUUUACUAACUAAAAUACCAGUCUACCAACAAAAAUACCAGUUUACUCCCAAAAUACCCGUUUACUCCCAAAAUACCUGUUUCACCAGUUUCACCAAUGUUGUCCUUUCCUCUCAGGCUCCACUGAUCAUCCCUAUCUUCAUGUUACUUGUCAAUCUCUACCUGUUUGUUGCCCCGCUGGUGAUCAGCCCAGAGUUGGAGUACGCCUAUGUGGUGGCCGCUGUGCUCGGCUCAUCUGUUCUACUUUAUAUACCAUUCAUUCACUUCAAUCUUUCACUGCCUUACACUGGUGAGUAGGCAUCAUUUUAUAUAUUUAUUUAAGAUUGAGAUGGGGCACCUGCCCUUACCCAUCUCUUACCAACCCUGUCAUUCUAUUUUUAACAUCUCCUAAGGCAAAUGGAGACUCAGACUGACAUUAGAAUAUCAUUAUACAGGCCUUCCUUUACAAACAUAAUCUCUUAUAAAUAUUUUGCUUGUGGCGUGACUGCUUCCGUUUCUGGAUAGCGCGCAAAAUAUAAUUCCCGAUACUAAAUGGUUUUUGUUUUAAUAACGUAACUGCGUUUGGUGCGUACUAUUUUCUUUUCGGAAAAUAUAUAUGUCUCAAUUUAAGUAUGUUGUAAAACAUAUUCGGUUUAAAAAUGGUUGGGACAUCAGAAUAUAAAUUUAAUAUAGUUUAUGGGCGUGAAAUAAAAAGUGUGCAGUGACGUAUCAUGGGGGGAAGGGUGUAGCGAAAAUUGGGAUUCUUAAAUUUGCGUUACUGGAGUUCAUGUUUUUUCAAGUAACUUCAAUGGAUGGGAAGGUCACGCAUUGCUAUCAUCAAUGUUGCGAGCUAUAACUAGUAAUAAAUAUUUUAACAAGUAACACCUUAGUCCAAAUAAAAUCUUUUAAAAAAAGUGUUUUUUUUUCAUUUUAAAAUAUUCUAAUAUUUAACACUUUAUUUAACAUUAUAUUUCUUUUCAAUCUUUUCCUACUGUUUAUUAUAGUCAAAAUUCAUUUUUUAUUCAAAUAGGUAAUGAAAAACUUUAUGAAUAAAGUCAAACUAAAACAUAAAAUGAAAGAACCAGUAAUGGAGAGUGCACUGUCUCCAUGUUUGAUUUAACUUUAAAAAUAUCACUCUAAUUAAUAAAGUGAAUUUGGUUAAAUAAUCAGUGUGGAUGGUAUAAAUUUGUAAAUAGUUAUAUUGCAGAAUUGGUUUAAUUGGUACUUUUGAUUUAACAGUUACAGUUUAUACUCCUGACAAUUGUAAGAUCCUUAAAUAUAGAUCCAAAGGCUGUUUUCAUUUAUGCCAUUUAUAAUAAUAUUAUUUGUAUUUUUAAAACUGCCUUAAUCAACUAUAACAUGCUAUACAUAACUUUUAUUUCUUAAAGUUUUUUUUCUUAUUCAUGAUGUUUUUGCUUGAAUUAUUCCAGAUCACCUGGUCGCAUGGUUUCAGCUGCUAUUUCAAGUGUGUCCACCAACAACAUUGGAAGCAGAAUAAAAAAUGUGUCAUAAGUUUACCCAAAGACAAAAUAACUAAUUAAAAAGGCUGCAUCUAUAGGUAUCCGGGUACCUAUAACCGCCAAUGACUAUUCACACACAGAGAUUAAAUGGCUUCAGAGCCGGGUGUAAUAACAAUAAUAGUAUGA